CGACCGCAGCGUCGGACCCCCCCAGCCCCGCCAUGCGGCUCUACAGCCUCAGUGUCCUGUACAAGGGGGACCCCAAGGUGCGCCUGCUCAAGGCCGCCCACGACGUCUCCUCCUUCAGCUUCUUCCAGAGGCCCAGUGUGCAGGAGUUCAUGACCUUCACGAGCCAGCUGAUCGCGGAGCGCUCGGCGCUGGGCAGCAGGGCCUCGGUCAGGGAGCAAGAGUACCUGUGCCACGUGUACGUGCGGAGCGACGGGCUGGCUGGGGUGGUGAUUGCAGACAAUGAGUACCCCCAGAGGGUUUGCUUCACCUUGCUGGACAAGGUGCUGGAGGAGUUCUCCAGGCAGGUGAGCAGGAUGGACUGGCCCUCAGGGUCACCUGCCACCAUCAGCUACUCUGCCUUGGAUGGAUACCUCAGCAAGUACCAGAACCCCCGGGAUGCUGACCCCAUGACCCGAGUGCAGGCGGAGCUGGACGAGACCAAAAUCAUCCUGCACAACACCAUGGAGUCACUGCUGGAGCGGGGUGAGAAGCUGGACGACCUGGUCUCCAAGUCCGAGGUGCUGGGGGCACAAUCCAAAGCCUUCUACAAAACGGCCCGAAAGCAGAAUUCCUGCUGUGAGAUCAUGUGACAUGGAGCCCGGGGUCUGCACCUCCGGACCACCAGCCCUCCACGCCCCUCCACAGCCCCCCCAGGGCUGCUCCUGGGGCUGGGCCGGGGGUCCCCAGCCCCCUGGGCUGAUGUGACUGUUGUCCACCUUGAGGGGACACCAAGGCUGGCACCGGGCCGGCACCCAGGGGGGGUGGUCCACAUGGAAGCCCCCCCAGCCUCGCUGCUGCUGGGGCAGCUGGGACCAGGGGCUGCCUGGCCAAGCACUCCCCUGCCUUCACAGCCCCCCAGAAGCCUGGAGGAGCCCCCCACUGCUGUCCAGGGGCUGAGGGGGCAGGCAGAGCCCCCACUGCCAGCCCAGGCAGCUUUUAUGUAUUUGUGUCCUAAGGGUGAGCUGGGGGUGGGAAGGGGAAAAGGUUUUUUUGGGUGGGGGGUGCUCUCUGCCCUCCCUGGGCAGCUCCUCCCGAGCUUGGAGCUGUGUCCUGGUGCUGGGGGAGGGGGCUGCACCUCAGAGCCCCUCCCCUGCUCCCACCAGCCCGGGUGGGGGGCUCAGCAGCUGCCAGGGCCCCGCUGCCUCCUCUUCCUCCUCCCGGGGAAGGGCAAGGUCGGGCUCGGGCUGUAGCUGGGCUUGUUUCUGUGCCCUGGCUGCACGGCCAGGGGAUAAAGUGGUCUUUGGCAAU